AAAGGCACGGUGGUGUAUUAUGUGCGGCUGCUGCGGCUCGGCUUGUUGCGGUGAAUGUGUGAUUGAGGUCCGCUAAUUGUCCCCUUUCGGGGCCGGAGUUCUCGUCACCGAGGAACAGCCAGAAUAGGGUGAUGUCUGAUUGGCCCCUGGGGGGUGGCCUUCCUCUCUGUUACCAGCUCACCCUCUGAGGCUUAUGGGAUAGGACACCCCCCCCCCCUCCCCACCCCAACCCCAUCACCCGUUGACCUGAAGCCCCGGUGAAAACUGCGCCAAAGACUCUGCACCUGGGGCUUGGAACACUGGCCUUCCUGAAAUGGGCAGCCCCGGAUGUGAGACACAACUCGGUGACGGUUACACCAGAAACCACGCAUGAGUCACUCAGCGGCCAUUGUCCCCCAACCUCUCUGCUCCGCGUCCGCGUCCCCUGUCCAGGUGGGUCCGGCGGGACCGGCGGAGCCCGCGGCGGAGGCCGUGUGUCCGGAGUGCGGUCAGAUCCACCGGGCCUGGGAGAACCACCUCUACAACUACCGCCUGGAGGUGGACGAUGACCUGGUGUGCCACAUCUGCCUGCAGCCCCUGGUCCAGCCCCUGGACACGCCGUGCGGCCACACCUUCUGCGCCCGCUGCCUCCGCAGCUUCCUGCAGGAGCGGGACUUCUGCCCGCUGGACCGGGCGCGCCUGCACCUGCAGGUGUGCCGGCGGAGCAGCAUCCUGGUGCACAAGCUGCUGGACAAACUGUCAGUGUCCUGCCCCCUGGCUCCGGCCUGUAGCCUCAGCAUGCCCCGCUGUGACCUGGAGGCCCACCUCAAACACAGGUGUCCAGGGACACGGUCUCAGCAGACCAGUUCAGAGGGACCGCAAUGUGACCACGGGGAGGAGGGAGUCAUGGUGGCCAGCCCUCCCAGGUCCCCCAGCUCCCCCCAGAUGGAGACUGAUCUGAGGGAAGAGAGCUCCCCGUCGCCCCCCAUUGGCACCGCAGCCAGCAUGUGGACUGACGAGCCGGGACUGGACAACCCUGCUUUUGAGGAGAGCACUGAGGAGGACAGUGUUGUAGGGUUGGAGUGUGUAGUGCCCCGGGUGAAGAGACCCCUGAGUAACCCCUGCAUCCACCUCCUCCGCACCACCAGCUCCGCCUCCUCAGGGUGGGACUGCCCCGAGUCCCCGCCUCUUUCUGCGGAAGAGGGUUGCGUGAAGCUGCCGUCCCUCCCAGAGGGUGAGAUCACCACCAUCGAGGUCCACCGGUCCAACCCCUAUGUAGAGCUGGGCAUCAGCAUCGUCGGGGGCAACGAGACACCCCUCAUCAACCUGGUGAUCCAGGAGGUUUAUCGUGACGGGGUGAUCGCCAGAGAUGGCCGACUGCUGGCCGGGGACCAGAUACUACAGGUCAACAGCGUGGACAUCAGCAACGUGUCCCAUAACUUUGCCCGCUCCACACUGGCGCGCCCCUGUGCCACGCUGCAGCUCACCGUGCUGAGGGAGCGGCGCUGUGCCUCCCGCCCACCCCCCUCCACCACCUCGUCAGUGCCCCACGCCCCCUGCUCCACGCCAGAGGGUGCCCCCUCCAGCCCUGCCAGCCUGAGGAUCACCCUGCACAAGCGGGACUCAUCGGAGCAGCUGGGCAUCAAGCUGGUGCGGAGGACGGACGAGGCCGGGGUGUUUGUUCUGGACCUGCUGGACGGAGGCCUGGCGGCCAAGGACGGACGGCUGUGCAGUAACGACCGCGUGCUGGCGGUCAACGAGCAGGACCUGCGACACGGCACACCUGAACAGGCUGCUCAGAUCAUACAGGCCAGCGGAGAAAGAGUCCACCUGCUGAUUGUUCGACCCACCAAGCCCACGCCCCCACCUCCACCAAGCUCUGCCUCCAGCAGAGACCUGUACUGCCAUGACCACUUCCUGCCCAAUCACCACCACCAUCAUCACAGCUCCUCGCCCAGCCCGGUGCCCAGCUGUGCCCACAUGGCCCGUUCAAGCACCCACAAAGACCUGUCCCAGUGUGUGACCUGUAAGGAGAAACACAUCAUGGUGAAGAAGGAGCCUCAUGAGUCUUUGGGCAUGACGGUGGCCGGGGGGCGGGGCAGCAAGAGUGGAGAACUGCCCAUCUUCGUGACCAGCAUCCAACCACACGGCUGUCUGUCGCGGGACGGACGAAUCAGACGAGGUGACGUCCUUCUGAGCAUCAACGGUCAGGACCUGACCUACCUGAGUCACAGUGAGGCUGUGGGCACCCUGAAGGCCAGCGCGGCCUCGCCCUCCGUCCAGCUGAGGGCCCUGGAGGUCAGCAUGGUGGAGGACCCGGGCCAGGGCCCAAGCCCGGUGGACCAGCUGCUACCCCCGCACCACCACACGCACGACUCCGACUACGACUCCUCCUGGUCCCCCUCCUGGGUCAUGUGGCUCGGCCUGCCCAGCUACCUUCACAGCAGCCAUGAGAUCGUUCUGCGUAGGAACCACCCGGGGAGCUGGGGCUUCAGCAUCGUCGGGGGAUACGAAGAGAACC